AGCCUCUGCGAGGAAGUGCCGGGGCUGCUCUCUGGCUCAGUUCGCAGGGCUGCAAGGAGGCAGCCCCGGCGAGCGGCAGUGCGCACCGCCUGGAGUGGCCAGGGCACGGGAGUUCAGCGUUUUCCGAGCCGGGCGUCGCGCCGCAGGAGCCGUCCUCAGGCCAGCAAUUGCCUCCGCCCGACUUUCGUUCCAGUUGCGGCUCCUCCGGGCAACAUGUCAAAAGCCGCCGCCGCUACUGCUGCCGCCGCCACCUGGGGAAGAACAGCAGCAGCAACUGUGGCCGCGGGAGCGCGGGGGCAGUAAACUGAACUACUGGGCGUCCAGAGGGCUAAGGGACCCUCUCCGCGCUCACUGCUCCGGCGGGACUCGCGCCAUGUGUUGAGCCAUGCCCCUCGCCGCGCCCGCGGGCAGCGCAUGGGGCAGCACCUGAGCAGCGGCCGAUACUGCCUCGAUGUCCCCGGCCGGCUUCUGCCGCAGCCGCCGCCGCCUCCGCCACCCGUGAGGAGAAAACUCGCGCUGCUCUUCGCCAUGCUUUGCAUCUGGCUCUACAUGUUCCUGUACUCGUGCGCCGGCUCGUGCGCCGCGGCUCCGGGGCUGCUGCUGCUGGGGUCGGGGUCCCGCGCCGCCCACCCUCCGUCAGCUAUGGCCACAGGUUCCGACGGGGCUUCUCCCAGGCUGCCGUUCCAGGCAGCACCAGCCACCCUAUUAGCUGCGGGCAAGGAGAUGGCCGAGAGCGCCGCGAGCCAGGAGGAGCAGAGUCCCGAGACAUCGGACUCCCCCAGCCCCAUCUCUAGCUUCUUUAGUGGGUCCGGGAGCAAGCAGCUGCCGCAGGCCAUCAUUAUCGGCGUUAAGAAGGGCGGCACGCGGGCACUGCUCGAAUUCCUGCGCGUGCAUCCCGACGUGCGCGCUGUGGGCGCAGAGCCCCACUUCUUCGACCGCAGUUACGACAAGGGCCUCGCCUGGUACCGGGACCUGAUGCCCCGAACCCUGGAGGGGCAGAUCACCAUGGAGAAGACGCCCAGUUACUUUGUUACCCGGGAGGCGCCCGCGCGCAUCUCGGCCAUGUCCAAGGACACCAAGCUCAUCGUGGUGGUGCGGGACCCGGUGACCAGAGCCAUCUCGGACUACACGCAGACGCUCUCCAAGAGGCCUGACAUUCCCACCUUCGAGAGCUUGACCUUCAAAAACAGAACCACGGGCCUCAUCGACACAUCGUGGAGCGCCAUCCAGAUCGGCAUCUACGCCAAGCACCUGGAACACUGGCUGCGCCACUUCCCCAUCGGCCAGAUGCUUUUCGUGAGCGGGGAGCGCCUCAUCAGCGACCCGGCCGGCGAGCUGGGCCGCGUGCAGGACUUCCUGGGCCUCAAGAGGAUCAUCACCGACAAGCACUUCUACUUCAACAAGACCAAGGGCUUCCCCUGCCUGAAGAAGGCCGAGGGCAGCAGCAAACCCCACUGCCUGGGCAAGACCAAGGGCAGGACCCACCCCGAGAUCGACCGCGAGGUGGUGCAGAGACUGCGGGAGUUCUACCGGCCUUUCAACCUCAAGUUCUACCAGAUGACUGGGCUCGACUUUGGCUGGGAUUGAAAGCAUCGGGACCACGCAAUUUACCACUUGGCUUAUAUAUUGAGAGAGAUUAUAUGUAUGUAAAAUGUACAGAAAUCUAUUUUAUAAUAAUUUAUUUUUAAUUCAUAAGCAAUUAAUUCACUAAGCUGCCUAGCCACACUCUUUAGAGAGUUAGCUUCAUAAUCUGUUAACAUUCCAAAGUGUUUAACUCUAAUAUUUUUUUUCCUUACAAUUGAUGGUGCUUCCAUUCCCCCUCCCCUCUCCCCAUUAUAUUUAAAAAGAAGAAAAGCACAACUUGAGAUUUUUUUGUUGUUACGGGUAUGCAGCCUUCGAUCGCUGUCUGAAUUCACUUGCCAUCUCCUUGUGUCUUGGGUCUCAUAUCCCAGCUUCCAUUUCUCUUCCUGCCUGUGUACCUCGUAGGAGUGCUGAGCUGCCUCAGCAGUGCUGCACUCUGAAGGUGAGACCUCAUGUAGCAGCUUCUUCGUCAAUGUGAUGCCAUUUCCAAGGACAUAAAUGCCAGACUACCAAGCUAAGUUUCCCCCACAUCUGCUCAGUACAUGGGGGAAUCACUGCCUUGGCAGGAAUAUCCACAUCCUUUUAGAGCCUGUGUGCCAGGGUCCGCUUACUUCAGACUUUGAGUUUGAGGGAUAGCCCUGCAUCUUCUUCUGCCCCAGUCCAUUAACCAGCUUGAAAUGUAUGCAAAUGUCAGCCCUUUCUUUCCCAGGUCAUGUGUAUGCGAUGCUUGGGUGCUGCUUUAGAAAUAAAGACAGUCUCUUCUAAUUUGCAUGAGAGUGCACCACACUUUGUUCUCCAGGCAGACAGUUCUGCUUUGACACACCAAAGAAUCUCCUAGGCUAGCAGAACCACAGCCACAAACUAAGGGUGCCAGGUGUUGAGACCCAAAGUGGUCAGGUGCAUCCAAUGCCAUCAUCGUCUACCAAGGUGCUGCUAGGUGCAGAGUCAGCCAUGUGAGGCACAUCUCAGUAUGCUGACAGCCUCAAUGGAAGGAAAGAGAAAGACCCCUCAAAAAAAACAGGUGCCCGGCAGAAAAAGGGAAUUCUUGCCCCUCUGCUUGAUGUCUGGGACUCUUCUCCUUGGAAUUCCCAGCUCAUCUCAGAUUGACAACAUGGUCUAUUGUAGCCAACAGCCAAAUGGCGAGUACCAAGAGUGGCCCUUGUAAGGACAGGCUGGGAAAGCUGGCCACAUGUUGCCUGCAAGCACUUAGCACUUGAGCCUGACACUUGUGCAGCUGUCCCUUGUUUUCGCCAGGUCUUGGCAGAAGGGUUGCCAGCAUUGUUGCUGCUAAUGCAGAUUGCUCUCCCCAUACCUCUCUGUUGAGAGAGGAAUUGGGAAUCUUUUAUGAUAACUAGCUAGUGGCAGUUGGGUAACACAUAGCAAUAUCACAUAAUGACAUUCACUUUAUCCUAAACCAGAAUGCUUUUUAAACCAGAAUGAUUCUACCAUAAAAGAAUUGUUCUUUCAGUUACACAUUCAUCAAGGCAUAUGUAGGAAGAUAUACUUAUUGUCAAAAUGGUUGGGUUAUGAUAUUUACAAAGGACGCUUUUGUAUUUUGUAAGGGAUAACUUGCUCAAUAGAGUAAGAAAACUUACAUGAAAAGAGAAAAUAUAAUUCAUCUUUAGAAACUGAUCUGAGAUGUCAAUGGUUUUUAAAUGAUGUCUUGUUGAUCACCUGUUUUGUGUUCACCCACAAGUUUUAGCCCAGAUCUAGCUAGGUUAUGCUUAGCAGCAAAACUGUUAUUAGGUUCUGUGUAGGAGGGUGGGGACGGGGGCUCUGAGCAUUCCUGAGAUGUUCUAUUUAUUUCCUAGCUUUGUUACUGCCUCUACCAAGUAGUGUAGAACCUAUACUUAGGGAAAUGCCAUAAUCAUGACCUGGUUCUCCCCUUUUGCUGCUUGGGUAUCAAAGACAUCUGCAUAAGGGUGCUAAUUGGUCAUGCAUUUUUUCAAUCAGAAGACUCAUUUGAAAUAAAACUGAGAACACCUCUUUUCAGUUAUAGCAUAACAUUGCUCAGAGUAAAAGUCAAUAUCCAUGUCUUCCACCUCAUUCUGCCUUGUCUGCUUUCUGGCCACUCUCAUGCUCUGAUUGGCUCAUGAUGGAGACUCGCAGGAAAGCUCAGAGGAGGGUUUGCAGCAAAAAGGUUGAAAAACAUGCCCACGCUUUUCCUUCUCCUCAAGUCUCUGCCCUCUUUCCAAGCUGGAUGACUUUUGAUUAAGUUGUUUAUUCCCUGCCUUAAAACUGAAACAGGAAAUUUUCAGAUAGGAGGAGGAUCAUUUAGUCAUAAACACUGAAGUGGGCCAGAUUCUAUUCUGGGUCAAAUCCUUGACUCUGCGCAGAUGUCGAUAACUAACACUGAAGGACUAGAGCAAGUUUUUCCAUAUAAAACAAAUAAAUCAAACAUCCUGUGCAUGUCUUCAUAGGGGUCUAAUAGCUUAUAAUUCCUGACUGAUCUGGACACAGCUUUGGCCCCAAGGUUAUACCCCGUCAUGUGAUAGUUAUUACAGAGCCCGAGCCCACGUCUUCUUCCUGGAGAGGUUAGGCAACACAUCAAAUUAAGCCUUGGGUUUCUUCCUGUUCUAGCAAUCUGCAAGGCCACCAGCUUAACUUUUAGCUGCUAGAAGAUAGACACCAUUUCACAUUUUGGCAUUUUGUCCUAGCACAUGUUUUGUGUUUCUUCCAGUUUACAGGAAAAGCUCUGAUAGUCAUUGGAGUACUUUAUUCCUUUCGGUUUUGUUUCUUUUCUUGUUAAAAACAAAAACAUUAAAAAAAAUUGGAGGUUUUUAUUGUUCCUCCUAUUACUUCAUGCUUUCUUUGAGGCAUUUGUACAGUAGUCUGUUAACUUGGUAGGUGGUACCUGAAAAGGUAUUUAGGUGUAGUGACUGCGUAAUAAAUAUUUAAUUGGAUGACGGAGGAGAAAGUGUCUUCUCAUGGAAUUCUCUUUGGAAGUCAUUUUGAGUGACAGAUACAUUUUAGACCUAUGGAGAAACAGUCUCAGAUCCUACCAGGACAUUUUCAUAAGAAAGGAAAAUAGAAGGUUCCAUUUUAGUAUGUAUAAAAUGUUGACACAGAAGUCAAUGUCUUUUAUCUUUUCAGUUUAUCAAAAAAGGAUGGUCAGUAAAACUUAAAGGUGUGGUUAGAUUUUUUUUUACUUUUGUAACAUUAAUUUAUGACUGAGUUUCAUUCAGCCCUGUAAUCUGAAAUACUGUGCAAAUUCUAGCAGUGUGUCUUCUAUAACCUGGAUGUUAGAAUAGCCAAUGCGUACAAAAAAAAUCAAGUAUUUUGUCCUAUGUAUAACACAAAUUAAUUUUACACAGAGAAAGAUGUUUCUAGGAAAAUGAAAUUCUGAUAAUUCAUACUAUUUCUUUGUAUGAACGAAUAAAAUAUAUUUUACCAACUUA